AAAUCUUUUAGCUGCAUAUAUUGCUGUAUGGAAAUGAUGCCUAAAAGGAAAUUUCCACUUUGGAAACAUUUUGGAGCUAUUGUGACAGUGAAAAACUGCUAUACAAAUGAAAAAAGUGAAAUUCCUUAUGAUUUUGGUUAUAUGUGGAAUUUCGGUCAAAUUUUCGAGUACAUUGAAAUUCAUUACAAAGAAACAGUCAGAACAAGCAAAUUCUGAAUCACAAUAUCGAGCACUACAGAAAGUGAUUAUACAAGGAUCAAUGAACUACAAAUUAUAUCAAAUAUUGAAUCGGACUACUUCGAGCGUAUUGGACUACUUCCAGUUACACAAUCCACGAUUUCUACAAUACCGACGAUCCCAAUCGACAUCGAUGAAUCUUUCACCAUUUAUAAUUUAUUUGAAAUACCGUUCACUUUAUCCAACUCUUUCGAAGCAUGCAUGGCAAACAGAUGGUCGUCGCUAUAUUUAUACGCAUCCUUCGUAUACGACUUAUCCACCACCUACCAAAUAUACAUCGGCAAUAGAUGCAUUCACGACUUAUCCUCCUCGUGAUUCACGUAUACAAGUUAAUAUUGAUUUGAAUAAAACAAUUCUACCAGGACGUCCUACUACUGCGCGUCCUUUAACUACAACCUCACGACCAUCAAGUCUACUUCCCUUCGUGCCUCCUAAGGAAAUUCCCUCACUUUAUAAUCCUUAUAAUAAGUGCCCAUUUCCAAAUAACUGCAGAGGAACCCCUCCCCCUCCUCCUUCUAAUUUCCAAGAUUGCAAGCCACCUCUAACAUAUACAACACCACCUUGCGAGUUCCCACAUUGUACAACUCCUCUUACAACUCUUUUUACAUAUUCUCCUUCAACAACGCCUUCUUCGACAUACCCACCUCGAACAACUCCCCCUCGAACAGAUUAUUCCCCAACCACGCCUAUUUAUUGUGAAUUUACAGAUGAUUGCUCAUUUCCACCAAUUACGUAUACUACACCUUUAUGCCCAUUUCCAGAAUGUACUACUACACCACCUCAGCCACCCGAGCCUCCUCCACCAACUAGAACACCUCCACCUAUAAGAACACCUCCACCGACUGCGUCACCCCCUCCACCUCUACCUACUGAGCCACCAGGACCGACUAGACCACCUACACCGACUGGACCAUCUCCACCGACUUGGUCACCCCCACCAACUAGAACUCCCCCUCCACCUCUACCUACUGGGCCAUCACCAGCAACUAGACCACCUCGACCUACUGGACCACCCCCAUCGACUAGACCACCUAAGCCACCCAAGCGUCCUCCACCAACUAGAACACCUCCACCGAUAAGAACACCUCCACCGACUACGUCACCCCCUCCACCUCUACCUACUGAGCCACCAGCACCAACUAGAACUCCCCCUCCACCUCUACCUACUGGGCCAUCACCAGCAACUAGACCACCUCGACCUACUGGACCACCCCCAUCGACUAGACCACCUAAGCCACCCAAGCGUCCUCCACCAACUAGAACACCUCCACCGAUAAGAACACCUCCACCGACUACGUCACCCCCUCCACCUCUACCUACUGAGCCACCAGCACCAACUAGACCACCUACACCGACUGGAACAUCUCCACCGACUUGGUCACCCCCACCAACUAGAACUCCCCCUCCACCUCUACCUACUGGGCCAUCACCAGCAACUAGACCACCUCGACCUACUGGACCACCCCCAUCGACUAGACCACCUAAGCCACCCAAGCGUCCUCCACCAACUAGAACACCUCCACCGAUAAGAACACCUCCACCGACUACGUCACCCCCUCCACCUCUACCUACUGAGCCACCAGCACCAACUAGACCACCUACACCGACUGGAACAUCUCCACCGACUUGGUCACCCCCACCAACUAGAACUCCCCCUCCACCUCUACGUACUGGGCCAUCACCAGCAACUAGACCACCUCGACCUACUGGACCACCCCCAUCGACUAGACCACCUAAGCCACCCAAGCGUCCUCCACCAACUAGAACACCUCCACCGAUAAGAACACCUCCACCGACUGCGUCACCCCCUCCACCUCUACCUACUGAGCCACCAGCACCAACUAGACCACCUACACCGACUGGACCAUCUCCACCGACUUGGUCACCCCCAACAACUAGAACUCCUCCUCCACCUCUACCUACUGGGCCAUCACCAGCAACUAGACCACCUCGACCUACUAGACCACCCCCAAUAACUAGACCACCAACAUCAACUAGACCACCUCAGCCACCCAAGCCUCCUCCACCAACUAGAACAUCUCCACCGACUGCGUCACCCCCUCCACCUCUACCUACUGAGCCACCAGCACCAUCUAGACCACCUCCACGAACUAGAACACCUCCAACAAUUAGACCACCUCUAGAAACGUGGACACCAACUUGGCCACCAUUUCCGAGUCUACCAACUUGGCCACCUCCUCCACCUCUACCUACUUGGCCACCCCCUCCACCUCCACCGACUUGGCCACCACUACCAACUUUACCACCUCCACCAACAUGGCCACCCCUUCCACCUCUACCAACUUGGCCGCCACCACCUACUUGGCCACCACCUCCUACUUGGCCACCACCACCAACUUUACCACCACCACCAACUUGGCCACCAUUUCCACCUUUACCAACGUGGCCACCUCCACCAAAAAUACCUCCGCCACCUCCACUACCAACUUGGCCACCACCUCCACCUGCACCAACUUGGCCACCCCCUCCACCACUACCUUCCUGGCCACCACCACCAACUGUACCACCCCUACCAACUUGGCCACCACAUCCAACUCAUCCAACUUGGGCUCCCCCUCCAACUCUACCUACUUGGCCACCACUACCAAGCAGACCACCACUACCAUCGUGGCCACCACCACCACCUCCACCAUCUUGGCCACCCCCUCCAACUCUUCCUACUUGGCCACCUCCACCACCUCCGCCAAGUAGACUUUCACCACCAACUUGGCCACCACCUCCAACUCUUCCAACUUGGCAACCCCCUCCAUCCCUACCUACUUGGCCACCACUACCAACGAGACCACCUCCACCAACUUGGCCAACACCUCCAUCUCCACCAACUUGGCCACCCCCUCCAUCUCUACCUACUUGGCCACCACCACCAACUGGACCAUCUCUACCAACGUGGCCACCCCCACCAUCUCCACCAACUUGGCCACCCCCUCCAACUCUACCUACUUGGCCACCUUUUCCAACUAGACCUUGCCUUACUACUUGCCCACCCCAACCAUCUCUACCAACUAGACCACCUACUCCUUCUCCACCAACUUGGCCAACUCUGCCAACAAGUCCGCCGACAUCAUCUCCACCUCUGCCAACUUGGUUUACCGUUCCACCCUCACCAACUUGGCCUACCCUGCCACCUUCACAAACUUGGCCUCCAACUUCACCCACUUGGCUACCUCCACCAACUAGACAGCCCCCACCACCUCCUACUAAACCAAGUAGAACACCUCCACCAAGUAGAACACCUCCACCAAGUAGAAAACCUCCACCAACUAAAUCACCUCCACCAACUUGGACACCUCCGCCAACACCUACUUAUCCUCCUCCCGGUCCUUGUGACACGUUUAUUGAUUGUUAUCCUCCGAUAACUUAUGCAACGCAAACUAGCCAUUGCCAGUUUCCAAAUUGUAAAUCAACACCUCCUCCUCCAAAAAAAGGCAGCGCUGAAUGUUCUGUCAUCUUUGGAAUGCCCAUAAUGUCUGCUUAUCCAUUGAAAUGGAAUGCAAAGAAAAUGCCAAUGCACAAAUUUUUGGAGACGCAAUAUCCAAUAUUAAAGUCAAUGGAAUAUAAUGUCAAGCCAUCACUAGAAAAAAAAUACGACAAAUUAUCGAAAAAUCAUCAACUAUCAACUUUUUUAGCUAAUCGAGAGCCAUAUCCAAUUUUUUUUAAGUAUCCAAAGCUUCGGUCCUACUAUCAACUUCGUACGAUACAACCAGAUUAUCGACCAAUAUUAUUCCUCCCUCCUGUUUUAUCCGAACAGUAUCUAUCUCAAUAUUCAAUUAAUAAUUCAUAUUCAAGGUAUCGACCAGUUUUACCAACUUCUCCAACGUAUUUUUACCGUCGACCCUUAUAUGUAAAAUCUGUGGAACAUUUCGUUAAUAAACCGUUAUCUCCAACUUUCCCCACGUAUACUAGAUAUCGACCUUCGGAAAACAGCUAUGCGGUCUAUUCUGUAAAUUGUCCAAAGAUGGUGCGAUCACUAUAUCUAGGUCAUCCUUUAUACGAAGUGGAGGAAAGUCCAUUGUCGACUUCUCCAACAUAUACAAGGUAUAGAAGACCAUCCAGCCCGGGGUAUAAAUCGAGGUAUACAGGAAAGACGAUUCUACCAACAAGACAGACGACAAAAAAAACAAUACGUCCUAGCUAUUCACCCAUCUUACAGGAAGGAUCAAAUACACCGAUUUUAGGAGCAAAUUUUAAACCUUAUCCAGGAAAGACGACUCUACCAACAAAAGAGAAAACAAAAAUACCAAUACGUCCUAGCUAUUCGCCCAUCCUACAGGUAGAAAAAGACUGUAAAUUAUUGGAUUGCCCACCUGUUCAUACCUAUGAACCCCCACCUUGUGAAUUCCCAAAAUGCACUACUCCUAGAAUCACAUCUACUACUACAAUAACAAAAUAUACAACUACAACCACAACUCCGAAUAGUCCAGAAAUAACUACUCCCGCGGGUAGUCUCUGUAAAUUAAUCGAUUGCCCACCGGUUUAUACCUAUAAACCUCCACCUUGUGAAUUUCCAAAAUGCACUACUCCUAGAAUCACAUCUACUACCACAAUCACCACAUCUACAACAACAACCACAACUCCUAAGCCUGAUAGUCCAGAAAUAACUAAUCCCGCGGACAGUGACUGUAAAUUAAUCGAUUGCCCACCGGUUUAUACCUAUAAACCUCCACCUUGUGAAUUUCCAAAAUGCAGUACCCCUAGAGUCACCACAUCUACUUCUACGACUACCACAUCUACUACUACAACCACCACAUCUACUGCGACAACUACAACUCCUAUACCAGAUAGUCAAGAAAUAACCACUCCCGCGGACAGCGACUGCAAUUUUUCAGGGGAUUGCGGUGACACAACUCCUCGUGAUAUACUUACCACAAAAACCACAACGACAGAGAGUGAUUGUAACUUUUCAGGAGAUUGCGGUGAUACUCCCCAGUUUGAUGAUCCGCUGGAUGAAUGUGAUUUUUCAGGAGAUUGCGGUGACACAACUCCUCGUGAUAUAGUUACCACAACAACCACUGCCACGGAGGUUGAUUGUAAUUUUUCAGGAAAUUGUGGCAACACAAGUCCUCGUGACAUAGAAACUACCACAACCACUUCCACGGAGAGUGAUUGUAAUUUUUCAGGAGAUUGCAUUGAUACAAUAACCAAAACAACCACUACAACGCAGAGUGAUUGUAAUUUUUCAGGAGAUUGCGUGGAUGCAACUCCUCGUGAUAUAUUUACCACAACAGUCGCUAACACGGAGGGUGAUUGCAAUUUUUCAGGAGAUUGUAGAGACACAACUCCCCGUGAUAUAGUACACACAACUUUCGCUAUCAUGGAGAGUGAUUGUAAUUUUUCAGGAGAUUGUGGUGACACAAAUCCGAGUGAUAUAGUAAUCACAACUGCCAUUACCAGGGAGGUUGAUUGUGAUUUUUCAGGAGAUUGCGGUACACCCACAAAGAAGACCGAAGAAGAUUGUCAUUUUUCAGGAGAUUGCGGUUCUCCUUAUGUAGUAUCUCUACUCGGUAUUUUAAAUGACUGA